UCCCGUCCCCCAGACCGCAAACCCACCUAAAAGGCUAUAACCCCCCGUUAUCUAUCGCAUCGUUCCCCGCCUCUCUAUCUCAAGUCCUCCGGAUUAGGUUUUCUUCUCCUAUUUUUCCUUCGUCCGCCGCUUCAAUGGCCACCUCCGCCGCCGCUCGGGCCAUCACCUCCUCCCCCGUCGCUUCCUUCCGAUCACCUGUCGCCCUCUUCCUCGCCAAGCGCUUCUUCGUCUCAUCCUCGCGCUCCUCGCCCGCUCCCCUUUCCGGCCUCGUCCGCCUCCGCACGUCGCCGCCGAUCCUCGCGCGCGCCACCGCCGGCGCCGGCGCCGCCGCACGGAUGGGUUCGGUGCGGUGCUUGGCCCGGCGCGCGGGAGACUCGGCGUACUCGCCGCUCAAGUCCGGUUCCGGCGGCGGGUUCAGCGACCGCCCGCCGACGGAGAUGGCGCCGCUGUUCCCCGGCUGCGACUACGAGCACUGGCUCAUCGUCAUGGACAAGCCCGGCGGCGAGGGCGCCACCAAGCAGCAGAUGAUCGACUGCUACAUCCAAACCCUAGCGAAGGUCCUCGGAAGUGAGGAGGAAGCGAAAAGGAAGAUCUACAAUGUGUCCUGCGAGCGCUACUUUGGAUUCGGUUGCGAGAUUGAUGAGGAAACUUCAAACAAGCUCGAAGGUCUUCCUGGUGUUUUGUUUGUGCUUCCGGACUCGUAUGUUGAUCCUGAGAACAAAGACUAUGGAGCUGAAUUGUUUGUGAAUGGGGAAAUAGUGCAAAGAUCACCUGAGAGGCAGAGAAGGGUGGAGCCAGUGCCCCAGAGAGCUCAGGACAGACCCAGAUACAAUGACAGAACCCGGUAUGUGAGACGGAGGGAGAACCAGCGGUGAACACGGGUCUUGUUUGGCUUAGCAGAUGGCAGUGUGCAACUGGGUUUGAAGAGACUUCUUUGAUAGGGAUUUUGUCCAUGUUUAUUCAGUGUGUACCUGUGCAAACUGAUGUAUGCAGACAGAUCAUAUCUACUAUUUAGUUAUAUUAUGGCCCAGCUAAAAUAUGUACUGUAGGCUGGUGAACUUUGUGAGUUAUCUAUGGUUUUUUUUCUAUUUAUAACUAAAUGGUCUAAAUGUUCCCUAUGAUUUGCCCCA